GGGCGGGUGUGUGCGCGGGGCCUCGCCGUGGCGCGGGGUCCCCGCAGUGCCGCCCGCCCGCCAGCCCGCCGGAGCGCCAGGCUCGCAAGAGCCCGGCUUUCACUUCCUCUCGCCUCCGCCCGCCUCUCCGGCUCGCCGGCUGGCGUCGCCACCUUCUCCUCGUCCCCGGCCACUGCUGUCGUCGCUGCUGCAAUCCAGGACGCACACUUCCACUUUCUCGCUGGAGGCACGGAGGGUCCCCCUUGCACAAGACCGAGAGAAAUAGCCCCGGGGCCCGGCCGAAGGCGCCUUGGUGGCGAGUAAGGAAAUCCAGACUCCGCUUUCCUUGAUGCCACUGCAGCAGCUGGCAGCUGGGACGGCGCCCACAGAGCGGGCGCGCUAAGCGGGACGCGGGAGUCGCAGAGAGACCCCGGGCUUCUGCUGAGCUCCGCUGGCAGAGUUGGCAAGUGGCUGAGACCCCUCAGGUGGCAGCCCCGAGCCCUAAAUGCUUGACCAGAUGGAAGCCCACCAGCCUCAGUUUCCACGACAUGGACACUCCAAGUUUGGUCCCCAACUGGGGAAGAGGCCAGAAAUGGCCUCAGUGAAAUAAUCCAGCCCCGACAGGCCUGAGGAGCUGAGAAAAGGCAAGAAGUGCACUGUGGUUGCCGGUGACCUCCAGAAUCCUCCUCUGAUUGCGAUUUUCAAAGUGCUUUGGAAACUCGCUGAGGUGAAGAGCAAGAUGUAGGAAAAUGGGACCAACUCCUGGGUGUCCUGAUCCUCAAAACUCCUUUCAUGGCCCAAAGAAGCUCACUUUGACCACAAGAGAGCUAGUGAGCUCAGUCCUUCAUUCUCUUGGCCUCAGCCAAGUGCUGGACUUGCCUUCCUGGUCUGGUCUUGGCAAUCACCUUGGCAAAGGGGAUAAGACUAAAGACCCCCACGGGUUCCAUCCCUAAAGGGAGCGUGGGAAAGGAAGCCCUCUCUCCCCUCCCCAAACCCCACCCAGCCAAACCCCAGUGAGCCAGUCCGGAAUGAUCCCGCUAUGGCCAAGCUCUGGUUCAAAUUCCAGCGGUACUUCCGCCGGAAACCUGUGCGUUUCUUUACCUUUCUGGUGCUUUACCUGACGGCCGGGAGCCUAGUCUUCCUUCACUCUGGCUUUGUGGGCCAGCUCGCUGUCUCCCAGAACCAAGCCAACCCUGCCGCGGGGGUCCCGGCCGAGGUCGCUGAGCUGCCCUUCCUGGGUGACUUGCAUCUGGGCAGAGGAUUCCGGGACAUGGGCGAAGCCACGAGCAUUGCCCGCAGGUACGGACCCUGGUUCAAGGGCAAGGAUGGGAACGAGAGAACCAAGCUGGGAGACUACGGAGGAGGAGCCUGGAGCCGAGCCCUCAAGGGGAGGGUCGUCCGGGAGAAGGAGGAGGAGCGAGCCAAGUACAUCGGCUGCUACCUGGAUGACACCCAGAGUCGGGCCCUGAGAGGAGUAUCCUUUUUCGACUACAAAAAGAUGACCAUCUUCCGUUGCCAGGACAACUGUGCAGAACGGGGUUACCUGUAUGCUGGCCUGGAGUUCGGCGCCGAGUGCUACUGUGGCCACAAGAUCCAGGCAACAAACGUGAGCGAGGCAGAGUGCGACAUGGAGUGCAAGGGCGAGAGGGGCAGUGUGUGCGGUGGUGCCAACCGCCUCUCCGUCUACCGGCUGCAGCUGGCCCAGGAGUCGGCCCGCAGGUAUGAGGAAACUAAGGCUCAGGAAGUGAAGACGCCUGCCAGGGACACACAGCUAAAUGGAAGUGCAGUCUUCCGAGGCUGCUUCCACAAGCCCAACAACCUCUCCCUGGCCUUGCCCGUGACAGCCGCCAUGCUGAACAUGUCUGUAGACAAGUGUGUGGACCUCUGCACAGAGAAGGAGUACCCGCUGGCAGCCCUUGCAGGCACCGCCUGCCACUGUGGCUUUCCCACCACGAGAUUCCCCCUCCACGAAAGAGAAGACGAACAGCUCUGUGCCCAGAAGUGCAGCGCAGAAGAGUUUGAGAGCUGCGGGACUCCCACUUACUUCAUUGUGUACCAGACACAGGUCCAAGAUAACCGCUGCAUGGACAGAAGAUUUCUCCCAGCCAAGUCCAAGCAGCUCAUCGCUCUGGCCAGCUUCCCAGGUGCUGGCAACACGUGGGCUCGCCACCUCAUCGAGCUGGCUACUGGCUUCUACACUGGCAGCUACUACUUUGACGGUUCUCUCUACAACAAAGGGUUUAAAGGUGAGCGGGACCACUGGCGCAGCGGGAGGACCAUCUGCAUCAAGACACACGAGAGCGGCCAGAAGGAGAUCGAGGCCUUUGAUGCCGCCAUCCUGCUCAUUCGUAACCCCUACAAGGCUCUCAUGGCGGAGUUCAACCGCAAGUACGGUGGCCACAUCGGCUUUGCUGCACAUGCCCACUGGAAGGGCAAAGAGUGGCCAGAGUUUGUGAGGAACUAUGCCCCGUGGUGGGCCACGCACACGCUGGACUGGCUCAAGUUCGGCAAGAAGGUGCUGGUGGUGCACUUUGAGGACCUGAAGCAGGACCUGUUCGUGCAGCUGGGCCGGAUGGUCGGCCUGCUGGGUGUGGCAGUCAGGGAGGACCGGCUGCUCUGUGUGGAGAGCCAGAAGGACGGCAACUUCAAGCGCUCGGGGCUCCGGAAGCUGGAGUAUGACCCGUACACCGCCGACAUGCAGAAGACCAUCUCCGCCUACAUCAAGAUGGUGGACGCGGCCCUCAAAGGGAGGAACCUCACGGGCGUUCCCGACGACUACUACCCCAGAUGACGUGUUGGGGGGUGGGGGGACCGGGCUGGGAGUCCUGACCAAGCAAGGGACUCGAGACCCUGGGGACGCCAACCCAUCUGGCCUCUCUUUGGUAUGGGGACAAUCCAUUUGGCUGCUGUUGGCCUGCAAGGAGUUUCCUGCAUGACAAAGGAGGCUCAAGGGAAGAGAUUGCCCGGGCACCCCCCACCUGCUCUCAGUCCCCUUUGGAGAUGGAGAGGCAACUGAUUUGGGGGGUUCCAGCCACAUGGGCCCUCUUCUGCCUCCCACAUCCCUACCCCCGCCACUCUGGGUUCCCUUCCCCUUGUGGGAGGGAGGGCUCCUGGGUGUCCUGGAGACAUGGGUGCCUCACCACAGGUGUUGAGGACCCUGAUGUAAGAGCUAAAGGGACUGUUGUAAAAAAGUAGCCCCCGAUGCUCUUCUCUCCUGGGCUGUUUUUAUGGCCUCCCCUUCUCUCCUCCGCCCCGAAAGCCUUGGCACCAAGGUUCGUCCAGGCCACUUCUGUUUGAAGAAAGAUUUCUGGGAAGUUUCUCUGUAGUCUUAGGUUUCUGACACGCUGUAUGGGGUGGGAAAGCACUGGUGCUCACAGUAGAUUAAUUGGCACUACCAUGUGGGGUCACUGGCAUCAUGGGCCCACCCCCAGGUCACACUGCUCCUGAGAAACAAUCUGACUGCCUGCCCACUUCUAAGGCUGGAAUUCUGCCCUUUUCUUCCCUUGCUGUAUCUAGGAGGUGUCCUUGGGAUCCUCGAUCCCAUUUCCAGGGUUCUUCAGGCACCAACAGUUAUCCCACCAGGAUGGCCAUAGGCCACAUGCAGAAUCUGAGGAAAAAUGAGAGCCCCAGUAACACAUCUCUCCAUUGUGGGGUCUGGCACAUUGAUCUUACACUGCCCUUCUGACCCCUUCCAAUGGGUCUUUUGCUAUCCAGGUGAGAGAGCAAGGGUGCUCCAAAUCAGGGGGAACCAAACCCAGAAGAGACCCCUGACCAUCAACCACCCCUUGAUCACAAUCCAAUGGAGCCAGCUUUCCUUGGGGAUCCUUUAAGGAAUGAAAUGAAUGGGACGGCUCUUUAUUUCCAUACAAAUGCUGUUCCCUUGAUGCUGAGGCAUCAAACCAAAGGAUUCCUGAGGACCUGAAUCCCUGAUCAUUGAUCUUAGAAAGCAUCUAUCCAGGAUCCCAUCAGUUUCCCCACCUUGGAGACCAGUGGCUUCGCCCCCAGCCCUCGCCUGCAUUCCUAUACCAUUCCCCACCAUGUAGACGCAAAAGCCAUAGCUCACAGCUCUUUACUCUUCUGUCUGGAGCAGCCUCCCCACCACCCCAAGCAGCCUUUCUGAAGCCUUGGGGUGCAGGUAAAUUCUCAUUCCCAAAUAGCCAAGAGACUAUAGAGAAGGUGAGUGUAAAGAGAUAUAUUUUUUUAAGAGGAAUAUGACUAAUAAUGUUCCACCUCUUGGAACCUGGCCAUGCAAAGAGAGGGGCCCGGGAAUCGGGCCUUCUGUUCUCCCCCUGAACCCCUCAUCCGUAGGAUUUGGGCCAUCCCAGGGCCUAGCCAGGGGGCUCUGAAUGUAUUUUGUAACGUAUUUCUUUCCCCUGGUCUAGUCUUCUCUCCAGAAGCAGCAGAGGGCGUGGCCUCCCCUCCCACUCAGAGGCCAGCUCUCUCUGGGAGCCUCUUGGUCCAAGACCUGGGCCAGUUCUUUGCUGGUGGUCACCUCAGGCCACAAGCCCCUGUCUGAAGAUUCCUCAGGUCA